AUGGCUUGUUUUGUUGUUGGGUUUAUAUCUUUAAAAAGUUCUCUUGUAGUAAAAGACACUUGUACAAAGCUUUAUGUUAUGAUAUCAAAAUCUUGA